UGGGAGCCACGUGACUUAGCGAGGCUGCCUUCUUUCGUGCUGGCCUUCCUCACUUUAUGUUUCUGCCUAAUCAUCAGUUCGUCCUAAUCAUCUCGUGCAGCACAGGCCAUUGAGUUUAGAUGAAGUGUGUUCGCUUUCCCUCGGAACUAACUCGACUGCUCAUACAAUGACCGGGGCGAGUUCAGACUACGUUUCCCAGGAGCGCACGCAGCCCAGGCCCCGCCUCGGCCACGGUGGGUAAUCUCAGGCUACGGUGGCCGGGAGAGGACAAUGGUUUCCAUGUCAGCGGACAAACGCACCCAGCUCAGCUCCUGGACCAGCGGGAGCAGGCAGUAGUUUCUGCUGACCAGCGAGGAAGCCACAAAGGGGGCCGGCGACCAGUAGGGCGAGAGCCAUGCCGCGCCGGGGCCUAGUGGCCGGGCCGGAGUUCGAGUAUUUCAAGCGGCGCUUUUUCACGCCCGCGGAGGUGGCCGAACAUAACCAGCCCGAGGACCUCUGGGUGUCCUACCUAGGAUACGUGUACGACCUCACGCCGUUGGCAGAGGAAUACAAGGGGGACCUGCUGUUGAAACCCAUCGUGGAAGCUGCGGGCCAGGACAUCAGCCACUGGUUUGAUCCCAAGACCAAAGACAUCCGCAAGCACAUAGACCCGUUGACGGGCUGCCUGAGGUACCGCACCCCGCGGGGCCGCUUUGUGCACGUUCCGCCUCAGCUGCCCCGCUCGGACUGGGCCAAUGACUUCGGGAAGCCCUGGUGGCUGGGCUCACAAUACGAGGUGGGACGGCUGUCUCCCAAAACCCGGAACAUCCGCAUCAUUAACACGCUCACGUCGCAGGAGCACACGCUGGAGCUCUGAGCUCUACGAGGACAGGGACCACCCAUUUUCCUUACCAACAAUGCUCAGCACCUGCCCAGAACAGCUGCUCAGUAAGUCCCUGUGGAACGGAGGAAUACAAUGUGGCCAAGUUCGAAUGCCUCAGGAACACACAUCGGAACCUAACUCGGUCAGAGGGAACUCAAGGCGGCUUUCUGGGGAGCCGUGAAGGACAAGGAGAAGUCAGCCAAGUGAAGAGGACGGAGAGGGUGAGAGUGGAGGAGAGAAUAAGCGGCUCAUGCUAACCUCAGACAAGUGGAGAGCUAAGAAGGAUGAGCAGCGUGGAUGCUGAGGCUGGGAGGGGCCACAGGGCAACAGAGAUGCAGAAGCGAGACCCGGCCAUUGGAGGCUUUGUAAACCAGGUCAAGCUAUCAUUUUAUUUUUUAAACUGAGAAAUACUUCAUAUACCAUAAAAAUGCAUCCUUUUCAAGUGUACAGUUCAGGGUUAAGGAUUCACAGGGAGGGCAUGAUCAAGUGAAGAUCUUAAAGAGGUGACGCCUGACUGUGGUGUCAAGGGACUGCAACGGAGAGAUCAUGUGCAGACAAAGACCAGGGACACCACUGCAGCAGUCUGGGGGAAAUGAAGGCGGGCGGAACCGGGUUAGUGGCACUGGAGAGCAGAGACGAUGGACCGAAGUUGCUCGGUCAUUGAUUGGGAAGGGGUCUGCAGGACAGGGUGGGGUCAAGGUGACAGGCCUGGGUGUCUGGGAGGAUGGGGAGUCCACUGGUGGGAAAGGGGGCUGCUGGAAGAGGACUCUGGGCUGCGUGAGGUAACUGGGGGGCAUGCAGAUAGACAUGUCCAGAUCGUACUGGACACAGGGCACUAGAUCCUGAAGGCGGCGCUGGGCUGCAGCCAAAGGUGCGGGAAUCAUUGGCAGACAGUAACUGUAGCCAACAUCAUGGAUGAGGUCACCCGCGAAAUGUGAUCCAAGCACAGGGCUUGGGAGGAACAACACCCAAAGGAAGGGGGGGGGGUCAAGAGGAAGAGCUGGGGGCUGGCGCUGUGGGGUAGUAGGUUGGGCCGCUGCCUGCGGCGCCAGCAUCCCAUACGGGCACCGGUUUGAGUCCCGGCUGCUUGGCUUCCGAUCCAGCUCUCUGCUGUGGCCUGGGAAAGCAGUGGAAGAUGGCCCGAGUGCUUGGGCCCCUGCAUCCAUGUGGGAGACCCAGAGGAGGCUCCUGGCUCCUGUGGCCUAGCUUCGGCCAUUGAGGCCAUUUGGGGAGUGAACAGCAGAUGGAAGAUAUCUCUCUGUCUCUCACUAGCUCAGUCUGUAACUCUGCCUCUCAAAUCAAUCAAUCUUUGGGUGGGGGGGGGAAGAGCUAUAGAGGCAAGACAGCCCCAGCAGAAUGGUGCCACGGAAGCCAAAGGAAGAGAUAGAAGGGAGUGGUGCCACUGUGAAGGGUCACACAGCGGUGAAGUAAGUCUGGACUUGGGUGUCCAUGGAUCUAGCAAACAGGAGGCAGCCUGCAGCUGGACAGGUAUGCAUGGAUAUUCUUAGGAAAGAGUCCGGGGCAGAAGGAAGGAGUGCUCUGGCUCUGUUACAUGCACAGACAGAAUACUUACCUUCCUUUGGAUUUCAUUUUGUCAACCAUAAAUAGGGGUAAUAGAAGCUGACGGGAAGGACAACAGGCAUCAUGCAGGACCCAGUCACCCAGACAGAAGCCUCUCACAGUGUUGCUGACACUACAUGAGAAGGUCUGGGAAAAUGCCAAGCCCUGUAUAGGGUCCUUAGAGAGGUAGUCAACAAUUUCCGUUUACUUUCCCGUUUCUUGUGCUAGCCACUCCUUAUUUAGUAAGCAAUGCUUCUCUCGGGAUACCCAGAGAUGUGGCGUUACUCAGCAUGCAGGUAACAUCUGUCACAACUAGAACAGUCACAGACCGUAUCUGUGACUAAUACUCAGUUCCCAACCCAGUAGUGUUUGUACCUCAAUGAGGAGUUUUCUGAGUCGAGUAAAAUGUGGUUUCCUAUCACAUCAGAGCUGAGUUACUAUGAAGUGAGGCAAAGUAAGAAAGUGGGGCCAGCUAUUGGGAACGAGACGAACUGGAGCCAGCCCUCUGCCCCUUCAGUUUAAGGUGCAAUUCCUAACUCGGGUCAUGAAUACUCUCACCUGGCAACCAUCUUAAGUGAAUCUCUUGGAAGUAAUUAAUGGCUAAUAGUAAACAGAUUGUUUAGAGUGACAGCUUCCAGUUAGCAAGUGUCUUCUUUUUAAACAUUAUUUAUUUAUUAAAAAGGUGAGAGAAAUAGAGAGAGAAGAGGAAGACAGAGGGGAGGGGAGAGACAGAGACUCUUCCAUCCACUUCCCAAAUGCCUGCAAUUGGAGGGACUGAACAAAACUGGUAGAGCCAGGAACUCACUCUAGGUCUCCCGUGUGGGUUAAAGAACCUAAUCACCUGUGGCAUCAUUGCCGCUCCCAGGAUGUGCAGGAGCAGGAGGCCGGAGCCAGGAGCCAGAGCCAGGUAUUGAUCCAGGCACUCUGGUAUAGGAUAUCUGCUACACCAAACAUCUUCCCCAACGCCGCCUUAUAGCCAGUGCUUUACAUAAGUUAGGUCACUUCAUCCUCACCACAACCCUGUGAGGUGGACAUUAAUACCCCUGGCUUAUGGAUGAGGGAGCUGACCCCCGAGAAUCAAAAGUCAGUAUGUUGGGGCAGACACUGGGGCGUGGCGGGUUAAACUGCUGCUUGGAACGCCCAUCGUGUAUUGGAGUGCAGGUUUAAGUCCCAGCUCCUCUGCUUCUGAUUCAGCUUCCUGCUAACACACUCAGGAAGGUAACAGGUGAUGGCCCAAACACCUGGGUCCCUGCUACCCACGUGGGAGGCCUGCAUGGAGUUUCUGGCUCCUGGCCAGCCUGGUCCAGCUCUAGCUGUUGGAAGGCAUUUGGGGAACGAACCAAAGGAUAGAGGAUCUCUGUCUCUCCCUCUGUCACCCUACCUUUCAAAUAAAAAUAAAUCUUUUUUUUUUUUUUUUUGACAGGCAGAGUAGAUAGUGAGAGAGACAGAGAGAAAGGUCUUCCUUUGCUGUUGGUUCAUCUUCCAAUGGCCGCCGCGGC